GUAGCCGAAAUGAUCCAUUUGAGUAUUUUUGGGCAUAGUAAGAACCUCUUCUAGUAAAGUUUUGAGAUGUGCCUUAAUUUGAUUGUUUAGAGCCUCACUUUUCUAACAGAGAAAAAAAAAGGAGAAGAAAAAGAGAAAAAUUGUAAAGUCGACCUCCGCCUUUCUUCUCUGUUGGGAAACAGCAGUUGAAUCUCCUAUGUUCUUCUCCAACAAUCGGGCGCAAUGGCUCAAGGAUGAGGAUUCAAAAACCCCCUCUCCAUUAGGCUCUGCCCGAGAUCGAAGAUCACCCAUGUAACCCAAGCUUCAAGCCCUAAUUUUAAACAGAAGAUGCAGAGACUCAAAUCAUAUGAGCCCUUUAUAUAGAGCCUUCUUUGGAAAUCUGCAAUGUGGGUCAUCCAAAUUUAGAGAGAGGAGAGAGAGAUCCUAGGGUUUGUGGUACAGGUAUUAGAAAUGGGGUUUAAACUUUACAGGUAUAAUUGACAAAUGAACUCUGAAAAUUUUGAAAGAGGUGUUUUGUCCAUGGGCGUUUUUGUCGUUCUCAAAACCAAUUCGCGCGGGAAAUAUGCAGUACCUGCAAAAUUUAAAAAAUGCAAACCCCCUUUUAUGUCAUUUUACUCUCUAAAACCCGUCUCUCUCUCUCUCUCUCUCUCUCUCUCUCUUUCUCAUUUUUCCCUUCCCAAAGUUUCUCCGUCCAUGGCUCAUUUCUCUCUCUAGCCUACCUCCCUCUCUGUUUCUCUCUCUAGCAACUCUCGUUUUCUCUCUCUCUCUAACACAAAGCAGGUGGUUCACUGGCCAUCAACACCCCACCUCAGUUGGAAACUAUCGCCAUGAACUCCCAGCGCUCUGAAACCCCAACCCUAACUGAAGAGGAAAUCAUCCAGUUAGCAGAGUCAUCUGCCUUCUCUCUCACCCCCUCUGAUCCUCUUCUCAAUCACCUCCUCUCAGCUCCGGAGUGCCUCAUUCUUUCUCUUCUAUCAAAAUCAGAGUCCCCUUCUCUCUUCACCAAAUCCAUUUUCUCCCUCCUCUCCCCAGUUGCCCGCUCUUCCCCCGAGUCUUCCUCUUCCCGUAUCCUUCUCUGUGUCCUCCUCGAAUUCAUUUCACUCACACACCAUGAACGCACUUCCCUGGACACUUUCUCUCUCAUUGCGGAAUCCCUUGAUGCCCUCCCCGUUGUUUCUUUCUCCAAGAUCUCAGAAUCCCUUCUCUCUCUUCUUGACUUGAUUAGCGAACCUGAUGAUGCCCUCCCUCUAGAGCUAUUGCCCAGUCUUCUCUCUGUUAUCAAGUCCUCCGGAAGCAAUGGCCCCGAUUGUGCUGAUACUUUCCUAAGGUCAAUCCUUGAUCGUAAAUGGCCUCGGGUGCUUCUGAUAAAAAUGGUUCUCUUAUUAAGAGACCUACCUCUGAAUCAAGCACAAGCUGAAGAUUAUUUAAAGAAGGUUUUUGUUGAAAUGGAGGAGGUGGAUUUGCAGGACCUUCCAUCCAUUGUUUACCACCUUUUGAUCAUGGCUUCGAAGGGGUUAAAGAAGCCUGUGGUUUUGGGGAUUAUUGGGUUUUUUGGGAAGAUAGAGAGAGGGCCUGGUAUAAUUUAUCGACAGGUUCAGGGAACUGUUCUGCUUCAUGUGAAUUUUUCGGUUAAGCAAGACCCGUCUAUUGGGCACGAGUUGCUUGGUCUCGUUAAAUCUGAUAUUGAAUUGGUAACUCAUUUCAGUGUUGCAAUGUUGCUUUCGGUUGCGAGGAUUAGAAGGUUCACUGAGACUGCGAUUUCUCUCUUGAAAUCAGUGGUUACGCGAUCUCAUCGAGAACAUAGGCUCGCGAGAGAUUGUAAGUGGGUCCCUGAUCUACUCAAAGAUCAUUGUUUACUAACAGUCAGAAGGAUUGAGCAGGCUGUUUUGAGAACUGUUCAAGAGAGCAACAAUGGCAGGGAGCAUAUCCUCCCCAGCAUUGUUCAACUUGGCUUUUGCUUGCUUGAAUCCUUAGAAGAUGGAAAUGGUAAAGGAGAUAGUGCCUGUGAUCCUAAUGCUUUGAUGGGCAUCGAGGAGCUAGGCAUGCAAACAAUCAAGACCCUGUUUGAAGUCCACGACAUGGCAAGAAAUGAGAUCAUUGAGCAAUGCAAGUUCCGUAUACUCUCUCUCAAACCUCAACAAAGUGUAUCAAUCAUCAAACUACUUGGGCGACUGGUUCAGAGUAACCCUUACCCCAUGCUCGAGCAUGUUUCCCGCUUGAAGGAGUUGUUGGACUAUUUCUCUUUCAUGCAUUUGAAAACUUCUACUUCUCUCAUUGCUGCUCUAUUGCCCCUUGCGAAAUACAGUCAUGAUCUCCAGAGAUAUAUUGUUCUGGUUGUGAGGAAAGCUGUGUUCAAGAGAGAGGAUACAGUUCGUAUUGCUUCGAUUGAUGCUAUCAUUAAAUUGAUGUUGGAAAGUUCCUCGAAAAAUGAACCCGAUUCUCUUCAGCAGUUUUCCAGCCAAGCUAGUUGCAGUCAGCAAGCUGAGUUACCCAAUGGCAUUGGAGUGGGUCUCUUUCAAGAGAUGCGAGGAUUACUUCGAAGAUGCCUGAGCCAACAAGCUACAGUUAAAGAGAGCAUGUACUGGGGCCUUGUGAAGCUUGUGUUGUCUGAUACUUCUGUCGUAGGACCUGUUUUUGAAUUCCUUAGGCCCCACUUCCUUCAGUUCUUUGAAUCCAAAACGAGUGAGGAGUUUAAGAUUAAGCUGCGAGAUUGUGUCAAAGCUGAGAAUGGCAUUCUUCAAAUUGAAGAACCUUUAGAUUGCCUCGUAUCAUGUGUCUCUUGGCUUCUUUUUCUUAAGCCACAAGACAAAGCCUUUCAGCAACCAUGGUCAUGCUUUGGGUUUUCCCUCUCACAGGACAACGAGGCUGCAAGAAUUUCCUCCAGUGAGUCCUUUGCAGAUACUUUGAUGAAGAUGAGGAAGUUUUUGAGGAAUAAAAGUUUGGAAGAUAUACUUGGUACAAACCAGGAUUUGGGUUCUCAAACUUUGGACGGUGAAAAGACCAGUUUUUAUGCUUGGAUUUUAUCUGGCAUAAUUCAGGUGCUGGUUAAUUUGUUAGCAAAGGAGAUCGGGAAUGCAACAGAUGCCCAAAACAUAGAUCUUGAGAAAGAAAUUAUUGACUUUGUUGUGUUUUAUGAUUCCUUGGAGAAAGUUGCCUGUAAUAAACAAGGAAAGAGUCAUCGAAAAGGACAUCCAAAGGCUAAUAAUACUCAAGAUAUCCACGGUGAAACUGAAACCAGAGAGGGGCAGAAAGCAUACCCUUCAAAGUUUUCUCUAGUGAGAAGUCCUUUCUUAUCUACUUCAAGUAUCUCUUGUCUACUGGAGCUUGUAGUGAAAAUUUCUAGAUGUACAGAUUCUGAAAAUCAUAACAAUCAGUAUGUACAUCUAAUGUCCUUUACCUUGAAAGCAUGCCUUUCUCAUCUUAAAGCCUUUCAAUCCCUAGAAGCUGAUAGUCCAUUAAAGGGCUUGAUUUAUGGAGACAUCAAGGUCUUAGGGUCUCGGUUGUUGCACCUGGUCUGGUUAAUGAAGUCUUGCUCAAGCUUAGUGAAAGAUCAAAGGAAAAAGGAUAGCAGAGGAAGGCUUUGUGGUGAUGAUCAAGGGGAGGGUUUGGUCCACUUGGGCUUGUCUUGUUUAAAAGAAUUGUUCAAUUUAGUUGGAACAAAGUUUAAGCUGAUUGAAUUGAUUGAGGAGAUGAGCAAGAGUUGUUUAGAAAUUGUUGAGGAUGCUGGUGGAGGUGAACUUUUUGGACCUGAUUUGGUUGGGGGAGAAAACGAAGGACAAGCUAUACAUCUUUUUCUAGUAAAGGUGUUAAGAAAGCUGUUCACGGAUCUCCUCAUGCAUUCCCAUUUUCAAGAACUUGAGGUUCUCUCAGAUAUAGCAUUGCUUCUGGCACACAAGUUGCCAAGUGAUGGAAGAAAUUCACAUGGUGCCUGGGCUGAUUCCAUCAGCAGAAAUGCGAAAGUAGAGAAUGUAAAGGCUACCCGAAGUUUGGUUUCUUUGGUUAUUAGUUUGAGUGAUUCACAAAAUGAUUUGAAGUUGGCUCGAGGAAUGGCUUCCGAGCUCUUGAAAGUUAUUGGUUCUGAGGAGAUGGAUCCCUUGGAAAACUCUGAAACUUAUCCCAUUAUAAAUCGUUCAACUGCUAAUGCAAUAGCCACCCUGCUCUUAAAUUUGAUCGAAUCAGUUAUUAUUGAUUUUGAAUGGAUGGUUCCAAAGCUUAAGGCGCUCUUCUCCAUAAACCUUGAGGAAACAUUUCGUCACAAAAGCAGUGAGCAGUGUGGAGGGAAGACACCAAAACUAAUGUUGGAAGAUGCUCUGUACUCCAGGGCAGAAUCACUCGUGCAGGUUUUGUCAUGCUUUACUGAGAUGUCCCUUAAGGAUCCUCAAGCAGAGUAUUUGCUAAGAUUGGCCGCAAAGUUUUACAAGCAUUUGGCCCGGAUUACAAAGCUUCGAAUUGCUCCUAAAGGUUAUAGACAGGCUUUGCCCGGCAUUAAGUUUCAGACUCUUGCAGAAGUGACCUGCAAGAAGCUCACUGGACCUCUCUACAAGUUUGUGGCUGUGGUGCAAAGGGAGCAGCAAGAGAAUAUGCAGAACAGGGGCAUGGCUAACAAAAUCAAGAGAGAGAACAAGUGCAUCCCAAACCUGAUCUUUCAAAUCGAAGACUACGAGAAGUAUUUAAUCCAACUUAGCAAGCUCACCAAAGUGAACUUAUUGAGGCAUGCUAAGCGUAGCACGGCAAGGGACUUCAAGAUUUUGGAUACAAGAGAUAAAGCUAAUCAAGAAGAAAGGCCAAUGCAUGCGUCCAGUCCUUCGACCCCUGAAGAUUCAAGAGAGGAAUCUGAAGAAGAGGAAAAAGAAUGUGAAAGGCUCAGUUCUGAUCCUGAGCCUGGUGCUGAAAAUGGAGUGCUGGACCCUGAGUCAGGGGCUGAUGAUCAAGUGAGGAUGAGAGUGAAGAGCAAGGGGGUGAAAAGGAAGAAGGUUGUUCAAGACUCGGAAGAAGAGCACAGUGAGUAGAAAAGGGUGAACAAGGUUGUAGACGAACUUGAAUGAGAGUCUAUGCUGUAUUCAUAAUCGAGGAUGGGAGUUUCUUGGGUUUGUAUAGAGAGAGAGAGAUGGUGUAUAGUUCUUUUGUGGCUUUUGGUCUUGACCCUGGUUUGGGUGAAGAUGGUGUACAGCCUUUUUCGUGGCUUUUGGCCAUGCAGCGUGAGAAGCACUGCAUUGCAUGGUUCUCUGUCACGUUGGGAGUGGAGUGAGAGAUGGAGGUCGUUUGGAUAUCUGGAAAUACAUUCUCAGAAAUGUAUUUCCAUAGAGAUGGCAUAUUUUUGUGUUCGGGUGGAAGUUUUGGAACAAAAAGCAUGUUACCUGGAUAUUAUUAUUUUUAUUUUCUAACAAAAAAAUAAGGAAAUUUGUAGCA